UGAACGGUUAUAAAAUGAGCUCUGCAGAGAUGCCUUACUUCAUUCUCCUCCUGAUCAAAGAUGGAUCUGCAAAUCUCACUCUUUAUUCUGCUUGCAUUUGUCACCACAGGACACUCUCUCAGCUGUUAUCAGUGUGGAGGAUCAUCUUGUGCAGGUCAAACAUUAACAACAUGUCCAGCUGCAGCUUCCCACUGUGAGAGUGUAACAAUGGUAACAGAUGUUGGUGGCUUUACCAGUAAAACAUUGGCUAAAGAUUGUGCUGCUGGUUGUGCAACUGGGUCCAUGAACCUCGGCGUUUUAAUGAUGUCUUCUGAGUGCUGUAACAGUGACCGGUGUAAUGUCAAUGAUGCUCCAGAUCCCAGCACUGGCGUUCCCAAUGGAAAAACAUGUUACACUUGUGAUGAGAAGAGCUGCUCAAAUGUACUGAAAUGUUCAGGCACUGAAGAUCGCUGCAUUACAGCAAAAGUGACUUCUGAAGGCCAGACCACAGUCGUAAAAGGCUGUGCUUCCAAAUCUAUUUGUGAUGCCACAUCAGUCAGUAGAGUUCAGCGCAUCUCCUGUUGUUCAGGGAAUCUGUGUAACGGAGCUAAAAGUGUCACUCAGAGCUUCCUGAUCCUCUGUUUUCCUCUGAUCGCCUUCAUCCUGAUGCCCUGAAGACACAUUCAGUUUCUACAGUCUGACAUGCUUUACAAACAAUACUGUAAAUCUACAUCUCUCGAGCACUGAUUUGAAUUUUACAUACAUUUUUUGUGACAUUCUGAAAUGCUAAAUCUUAUUUUUUUGAAGGCUGCUGCAUUACAAAAGGGAUAUAUAUAUAUAUAUAUAUAUAUAUUUUUAUAAAAAGCUAAAUGAAAACAAUACGUUUCAUGAGUUUACAUUACAUUUAUAUAAAUCAGAGGACCAAUAAGAGUGGAAUCACUUUCAGAAAAAACUAUUUAGCACCUGCUCUAAAUAAAAACACACUUAACAUGAACCUGAUUACCAGUUUUACAGCCUAAAUGAAGAGAAGUUUCAGAAUUAUUUUAAGACAUUGUAGUAUUGCUGAAACACAUUACAAAGUCUCUGAAGUAUGUAGUACUGUGGAGUUAAACCGCUAAUCACCUUUCCACCAAUUCUGCUUUCAAGAUUUUUUGGGUGGGGCUUAACCGGUGGCUUGAUGAUGCAAUGGAGCCAACAAGUGUAGCCCCACCCCUAACACUAAUAAUAACUACAACGUCUUAAUGUCAGUGGUUCUCCCUCUCAAUCUUGCGUUACAAUCCCCAUUCAUUACUACAGUCUACAUAUUGCUAGUUUUCAGAUUUUGUAGUUUAAAAACUGGGAACGUACACAAUAAAAACACUUGAUAAUGCAA